AUGCUGAACGGUACCGCUCUAGAGGCAGCCAUGCUCUUCCACGGGAUCUCCGGAGGCCACAUCCAAGGCAUCAUGGAGGAGAUGGAGCGCAGAUCCAAGACCGAGGCCCGCUUGGCCAAAGGCGCCCAGCUCAACGGCCGCGACGCGGGCAUGCCCCCGCUGAGCCCCGAGAAGCCCGCUCUGUGCGCCGGCUGCGGGGGCAAGAUCUCGGACAGGUACUACCUGCUGGCCGUGGACAAGCAGUGGCACUUGAGAUGCCUGAAGUGCUGUGAAUGUAAGCUGGCUCUCGAGUCCGAGCUCACCUGCUUCGCCAAGGACGGUAGCAUUUACUGCAAGGAGGAUUACUACAGAAGGUUCUCUGUGCAGAGAUGUGCCCGCUGCCACCUUGGCAUCUCCGCCUCCGAGAUGGUCAUGCGCGCCCGAGACUCUGUCUACCACCUGAGUUGUUUCACCUGCUCCACUUGCAACAAGACCCUGACCACGGGCGACCAUUUUGGCAUGAAGGACAGCCUGGUGUACUGCCGCGCCCACUUCGAGACCCUCUUGCAAGGGGAGUAUCCUCCGCAGCUGAGCUACACCGAGCUGGCGGCCAAGAGCGGCGGCUUGGCCCUGCCUUACUUCAAUGGCACUGGCACCGUGCAGAAGGGGCGGCCCCGGAAGCGGAAGAGCCCAGCGCUGGGAGUGGACAUCGUCAAUUACAACUCAGGUUGUAACGAGAAUGAGGCCGACCACUUGGACCGCGAUCAGCAGCCUUACCCACCCUCGCAGAAGACCAAGCGCAUGCGCACCUCCUUCAAGCACCACCAGCUCCGGACCAUGAAAUCCUACUUUGCCAUCAACCACAACCCGGAUGCCAAGGACCUCAAGCAGCUUGCUCAGAAAACAGGGCUGACCAAAAGAGUUUUGCAGGUUUGGUUCCAAAACGCACGAGCCAAAUUCAGAAGGAACCUUUUGCGGCAGGAGAAUGGGGGUGUUGAUAAAGCUGAUGGCACGUCGCUUCCGGCCCCGCCCUCAGCAGACAGCGGCGCUCUCACUCCACCCGGCACUGCGACCACUUUAACAGACCUGACCAAUCCCACUAUCACUGUAGUGACAGCCGUGACCUCUAACCUGGACAGCCACGAAUCCGGAAGUCCCUCACAAACUACCUUAACGAACCUUUUCUAA